UUGAGGGGUAACCCAUCGCUCUUUCUCCGGGUAGUUCACGUCGUGAUGUCUAGGGUAUGGAAGGUCAUUCCGUGGGGGUAACUGUGGUUGCUGGCAGUUUCUAACGUUAUAAUAACCCCCCAUCAACUCUGCUCGGAACACGGCUCGGUUCCCAACACAAUCCUGCUGCCCUUCUCCCAUAAACAUCCAGAUACCCCAAGUGUCUUGUCGCACACGUUUUCAUCUAUCCAUUCGAGAUACACAUCUCAUUCCCUCAAACUUCCGAUACCCUCGUGAGCGUUUGCCCUUUCUCAGAAAGGCAUCAUCGGUCGCCAUGGGUUCUAUGUACCAAGUCCAGUCGAAGCUCCGUCAGGACCUUGGCCUCCACAAGGUUCAGGCUGUUUGCAAGCCCGGUCGUGAACUCAAUGGCACCAAGGCAUACGUCAGUGCAAUGGCCCGCUACGGUUUCAAUCCCACCGAGGAGUCCAGGUUCUUCCACUUGAAGAAGACCGAUCUCACCAAGGAGUUCCAACGCCGCGGCUACACUCGUCACUGGGAGCAGCUGGUUAGGACACCCCAGGAACGUCCCGACGAUCCUCACACAGACAACGAGCCUGUCCCUGCCGAGGAUCAGCAGUACGACACUCAGUAUCUCUGCGAGAUUGGUAUUGGCACUCCGCAACAGAAGGUCAAGCUUGACUUUGACACAGGAUCUGCUGAUCUUUGGGUCCGCUGCACAGACUCAUCUCUUCUUCAUCACGCCGACAAGAAGUUUGACCCGAAGAAGUCGGAUACCUUCCAGGAGAGCAAGACCGACCAGACCUGGAAGAUUCAGUACGGCGAUGGAAGCACCGCUUCGGGCACCGUCGGUACGGAUGUCAUUACUGUCGGUGGGCUUCAGAUCAAAGACCAAGCCAUCGAACUUGCCAAGAAGGUGUCCAGUGCCUUUUCCUCUGGCGAAGCUGACGGUCUUCUUGGACUUGCCUUCUCCACGAUCAACACCAUCGAGAGCGGUGGCAAACCGGAUCCACAGCCCACACCUGUCGAGAACAUGAUCAGCCAGGAGGACAUUCCCAAGGAGGCUGAGCUGUUCACAUCCGCCUUCUACAGUGCUCGUGAUGACAAGUCAGAGGAGAAAUCCUUCUACACCUUUGGCUGGGUCGAUGAAGAUCUCGUCAAAGCUUCCGGAAAAGAUAUCACAUGGACACCCAUCGACAACUCGGAGGGCUUUUGGAAGUUCCCCAGUGAGAGCGCUACAGUCGACGGCGAGAAUGUUUCUGUGAGCGGAAACACCGCAAUUGCUGAUACUGGUACCACACUGGCGCUCGUCUCAGACACGGUUUGCAAAGCGCUCUACGCAAAGAUCCCUGGCUCAAAGUACAGCUACCGAUACCAAGGUUACCUCAUCCCGAGCACAAUCACAGCUGAUCAGCUCCCUCAGCUGAGUGUCGCAGUUGGUGGAGAGCAGUUUGUUAUUCAGAAGGAGGAUCUGUUGCUGGCACCGGCUGACGAUGACCAUUGGUACGGUGGUGUGCAGUCGAGGGGUACUAUGCCUUUCGAUAUCUUGGGUGAUACAUUCCUCAAGUCCAUCUACGCUAUCUGGGACCAGGGCAACAACCGCUUUGGAGCUGUACCCAAGAUUGAGGUGAACCAGCACACAGUGUUCCCUAACACCGAGUCUUCACCUGAGGCCGACUCACCUGAGCCCGCAGACAAAAUUGGUGACGUCUUCCCCGUGGAGCAAGUCAAGGGAGCAGUGAAGAGUUUGAAGCUGCUGUAACUUGCGAGAGAGGCUGAAAUGUUUGUGGUCUGUGGGACGCUCGUUAGGAGGAAGAAGUCAGUUCUGUUGAUGUCUUUACUGUAUCGUAUAUGGAAACAGUGGCUUCACAGUGGAGGAAGUGCGUUGCCUUGAGUUACCUGUACCUUUAGCGCACGCUGAAACAUCCAUUGUUACCGUCGAGGUCACUAGAUAGUUACUCGUCCAAAUCUCAACUCUCAUGCUUGAACAUGAUCAUAUCUGUAGG